AUGGCGUCCGCGGUCGCAUCAGCCUUGCUCCUCUGCAUCCCGAUCCUGCUCCUGGCGGAUGCGGAGCCGGAAGUCACGGAAUGCGAGCUGACGACGGGCCGGAUGCUGACCGUCAUCAAGUCGGCCGGGUUCCCGUCCCGGUACAGCCCGAACGUGGACUGCCGGUACACGGUCCGGCGCCGUUCCCGGUCCGUGUGCUCCGUCACGUUCCUCUUCAACGUGAUGGACUUGGAGCAGAGCCCCAACUGCACCAAGGACUACCUGAUGCUGCGAGGGGAGAAGAUGUGCGGAUCGAAACCCAUCGGAUUUUCUCGUACAGUGUCUUUCUCAGAGGAUGACCAAGUGACCAUGUCUUUCCACUCUGACAAUGAGACCCGUGGCCUCGGCUACAUGGUGACCGUCGUUCAACAAGACUGUCCGUUGCCAGAUUGCGACGGAAAUUUCGAGACACCAGAUUUUGUGAUGUCCUCUCCCAAUUAUCCUCUACCAUACGACAACGGACGGAUAUGCCGAUACGUCGUACAGAAGACAGAUCCUUCGGUGUGUCGGCUCUUGAUGAAGAUACACGCUUUCGAUGUGGAAGCUGACCCCCAUUGCCAGUCUGAUUUUCUUUUAGUCAACAAUGACAGACUCUGUGGAAUCAUGAGUGAGGGUCAGAUUAGUAAGUAG